UGGCGUUGUACUUUGAGGAAAUCAACCAGGCACUAGAGGAGAUGGCUGAAGAGGGGGAGCUGAUGCUCAAGGAACAUGGAGACAGCAUGAGUUUACCUUCUGGGAUAUUUGGUCAAGCAGUAUGCUCGGCUAAACCUAUGAAUAAUUUUGAUCCAUCACCAGAUCUUUUGCAUCAAUUACUUCAGGAUUCAUCAGAAAAAAUCAGGCAAGUUAAAACCUCAGUGAAGACUCUGAGUGAUACCACACUAGAGGAGGGAAUAGAUUAUUUCUCUUCCUUCUCUAAACUGUAUACUGAGAAGCUUCAGGCUAAGCAGGCUGCAGAGUUUAGGUUGGCUCAAGUACUUGCAAGGGUUGAGACAGUGGCUUUUAGGAAGUCCAACCCAGAAGAUUCUGCACUGCACAGUGAGGACAGUGGUAUUGGUGGAGAGAAUGAGAGUUUGACAGGAUCUGAAAGGAACCAUGGCCACCGUGGGAGCGCUGGAUCAGGAAGUUGUGGGUCUGAAGUUAACAUUCGGGGUAUAUAUCAAAAUUACUCAGCUGGUUUUGUUAGUAAUACUCGAAAUAACGAAGAGGAGGAGGAGGAGGAAGAGGACGAGGAGCAGCAUGCAGAAAAAUAUCAAGAUGAUGAAAUUGAUCAGUUUGAGAGGAAGAGAUCAAACUCUUCUCCACCAGAUCCCUGUCACACUCUUUGUUACAUAUAUGAAAACUCCAUGAAAGAUCAGCAGCCUGCCUUCAAACAACUUUUCAAUGCUGAACUCUCUGAAAUAACAGAGCAACAAAACAGUCAGAUGGAAUUAGAUGAAAAAAUUAAUAUGAUUUCUGAAAUGCAAGGAUUAAAUGACUUUGUAAAGCCGCAGUGCAAUUUGUAUCAAAUUGGACAUCGGCGACAUUCUUUGGAUGGAUCAGCUGGUGAACACAAAAACCAAGACAGAGCCAAUCGACUACCUGGUUCUUUAUCUUCACCAUCAAAUAAACCACUAAAGUGCUAUUCAGUCAGAAGGCUCAUAAAUACAUUUAGCCAAGGGGUUGAUGGGAGACCUGGACAGAGUCUUUCACAUACUGCAACCCACAUCAUGAGGCCCAAUAAAAGUUGUAUUCUUCUAGAGUCUAGAAUAGCUAAUAAGACAGGAGGUGACAUCGUCUCUGGCAACAACAGCAGCAGCUCUCCAGAUGGCAGGGAUGACCUAGAUAUGGAUAAUCUACCACCGCCACCCCUGGAGGUUCUAAUGGACAAUUCCUUUCGACGCAUUGAAGACCAACUACAAAAUGAAAAGCUACAUGAAGAUCCAGUUCUGACUCUUCCGUUAAUACACCAGACCACUGGGAUUUCCCAGCGAAGGAAGAUAGUUAUGCAGAAUGUGGAAGUUCUGCCAAACAAAGCAAAGUUGAAACUGGAAACAGAUCUGUCUGAACAAACUGAGAAAGCGAAAAGAAUCUACAAACAAGCAAGAAAGAUUAUCCAUUUGCGCAAUGCAGGAGAAUCCACCGACAUGAAAAAUGUUCAAAUUCCAGUCUCAGGAGAUUUAUUAUCCCUUCAAGCUGCAAGACGUGAAGGGAAUGAGUUACCCUCCUGCAGUCUGCCCGUCAUAGCACCACCUGUUUCAAGAGUGCGCUUGCCACCAUCAUGUCCUUCUGUGCACCACACCAUUCCACGUCCCCCUGCCUUCAGACAGCAUCCCAACUCUGGAUCCUCUUCUCGCCCAAAUUCUCCAAGAAAACUUACACGCGCAAAUGAUAACAGCACAGAACAGAUCAUUCCUCAUAUGUCCUUUCAUGAUGCCCGCUCAGUCUUCUGUCAAAAUGAGUUGAAAACUUCCCAACCCUGCCUGCCCUUUGGAAGUUCUGUUCUCCCCAGAAAAUGGGGGGAAGUCUCUCGAGGCAGGUCAUCCACAAGAGAAAGAGAGAAUUCAACCCGUCGCACACAGUCAGAACAGAGGCCUGGAAUGACUUCCUAUUCAGACUUGGAAACAGAUGCCCAUUUGACAUCCCAGCAAACCAAGGAAGAUGAACCUGUUGCAGAAAAAAACAGUCUAGACAACUCUCUGAAGACAGAGGAAAAGUCCGAGGGGGAUCCAGCUGCUGAAAACUGAUUCUGGUUGGGGUUGAACAAAUC